CUGUGGGAUUCUUAUAUACGAUUGUAGGGCUGCUUUUGGCUUUCAUUACUCACGUGCUUGUCAAGGUCAGGAAUGCGAAUACUCAGCGGGUCGUUAUGAUGGUUGCCCUCUUUGUAUCAUUUUGGGCAGUGAAGAAAGUCGUAUAUUUGGAUAACUGGAAGACAGGUUACGGAAUUCAUGGAUAUUGGCCAUCAAGUUGGAAUUGAUUUCAGGUAGAGUGCCUUUGCAGCUCGGCUAAAUGUGGUAUUUCUCGUCCAUUAAAUUGAUAGCUGUUGAAGUUAAAUUUUGUUGUUUUAACUAUACGACUUUGGUUAUUAGAUGUUGCUUUAUGAACGACCCUCAUUUCUACUUGAGAACUACUUAUCGGAGCAUAUUUUCACGUUAAUGAGAUAUGAUGUCGUAUUCCAAACUUCAAUAUUUCAGGUUUGAGAAAUGAUGAAUGCUUAUUGUUGUUCUAGUUCAAA